UCACAGCGAGUAAGAAUGUGAAAAUUAAGACGUCGAUAAAAGUAAAAAUCAUCUAAAAUUAAAAAAAAAAUUUGCGGGUAAAAGGCAUUAAAAGUUCAAAAAACCUUUUAUAUAGCAUUUAAUAAUAAAUACGAAAAUAAGAUCAAUUAUAUUAAAGUUUAAGGCGAAAGUAAAUAUAAUUAAAAAAAAAAGAAAAGUAGAUAUUUGACAUUUAAUUUUGAGGCAGCAUACAAAAUAAAAUUGAUAUUUAUUGGUUUUAAUUAUAAAAGCCCAAUCAAUGUGGGGUAAAAUCGUCAUCAUUAGCAGUGUCAUUUUUAUUUGUUGUGCAACAAAUUAUUAUUAAAAGAAGAAAAGUUGUGAAAUUACGCGUUUUUUUUUUCUUUCGAAAGAUCCAUUUUUUUUUUUUUUCAAUAUAUAGAAGUUCGAGCGCCUAGUGGGAUCUUCAACUUCGAUUGAAGCCCACACAGUGUGCUGGAACAUUUGAUGGAAUUAUGUACCAAGAGCCUCAAAUUAUAUCCUUAACGCAGAUUAGUUAUUUGGUAAAUAACUUGACAAAGAAAAAUUUUGCACAAAAUUGCGGAAUUAUAAGACAGAUUGUUGAAACAUUUGGCUUAGAAUCAGACCGUCAUUAUCUGCGUUGUUUAUUUUCGGCAAUUAAUUUUGCUGAACCACAAUCUACACCAUUACAUUGUAAAUUAUUGGAGCAAGAACUUAAUUCACAAUUAACAAAACCAGCAUUCAUAUCAAAUAUUUGUUUCGCCAUUGAUAAUUGUUUUCCAAAUCAAAAGACUUUGAAAACAACAACAUCUCUGAUACCGCAAAUUUGUAAAGCAACACAAGGUUCUAAAUUACUUGAAGUUGUCUUAGCUUUAGCCUUAAGUCAUUCAAGUAAUACAGAGUUAGCAAAGUACGCUACCGAAAAUUUAAAAAGAUAUUUACCAGCUCUAAUCGAAUCUUAUAUCGAUAACGAAACACAAUCUGAAAAAUUUAACGAUAUAUCACCAGAUUUAUUACAAUUAAUAUUAUCAUUAUUAUCGACACGUAGCGGAUUUAAUAGUGAUCUAUAUAAAAAAUUUGUUGAAAAAUUACGUCAAGAAUUUCCACGUAAAAGAGCACCAUUAAUAUUAAUACCAUACUUGUAUCCAAAUUUUGAAGAUCAAAAAGCUUUAGUAGCAACUGUUGUAAAAAAUAUACAGGAAAUUACAAAUUCUAUAAGUGUAACAACUUCAAAUACAACAUCGACUUCUACAAAUUCAACUACCAGUGGAUCAAAUAUAACGAAUUCUCUAGCAGUAGGUACGGGGAAAACAUAUAGAGAAACUGGCGUCGUCGAUUUCGUCGUCGACUUAGUUAACGACGAAGAUAUUUACGAUUUUGAUAUUUUGAAGACUUCAAAUAUUAUGGACACAUCCUGGGUCAGUUUAAUUUUAGAAAUUGGCUAUGAUUUUACUGCUAAUUUAGAAGAUUGUAAGAAUCAUUUGCGCGAUAAAUUUGGUAGAGAAAUUCAGGCACUAGAUGUCGCUAAAAUUAUUGGUCUUAUGUGUAGAACUCACACGAGUUUAUUAGAUUAUAAUGUGAAUUUACCAACCCCAGCAAAUUUUUGGCAACAAAACCAACAAGGGCAGCAAUCUAGUAAUAACAGCAACAAUGGAACACCUGCUGGAACUGGACAACAGGCAGAUGGAAAUGCAAAUCCAACAGAGAAAAAGGAAAAAAGUGGUUCCGAUUCAACGCAAACCUGGAAACCAGAUAUAUUUGUUCAGGCGCUAAAAGAAACCGUCCCAAAUUUAAAUUGGCAAGACGUUUGUCUUGGUUUAGAUCAUCAUGAAUUCCAAAUAAAGGAUCGUAUUGGUUUAAAUUUAUUGUUAACAAUUGUUCGUUUAGCGAGUGGACAUAAUUUUCCAGUCGAGUGCAUUUAUAGGCAUUGGCAAAAUGUUGAGGGGCAAUUUUCUUUAAUAUCAACAAUAUUAAAAUGUUCUGAUUUAUAUUCAUUUGCUGAUAAUAUAUACCAACCAGUACCUGUUGAAUUGUUAAAAACACCGCCUGAAACUGAUAACAAAGAAAUAGCUCAAUGGAAAUCUAUGCAUUUAGUUGAUGUUCUUUUGUACAUAGCUGAUCAUGGUUAUUAUGCUCAAGUUCAUGAAAUUUUUAAAUUUCCAGCCCAACAUUGUCCAGAUGUACUAUUUUUGGCAAUGUUACAUAUUAAUCCGCCUUUAACUGCCUUUCGACAAGAUUUAUUCUCAAAUUUAAUACCAACAUUUUUGAAUAAUCAUCCAAAUUCUGGUGUGAUAUUUCAUCAUGCAUGGAAUUCAUCAAACUUUUCACAUACACUUAGACCAAUUAUUAUGCAUUGUAUGUCAGAAUGGUAUUUGCGUGGUGAAUCAGAUCAAACAAAAUUGUCACGUAUUCUUGACGUUGCCCAGGAUUUAAAAGCUUUGUCUAGUUUAUUGAAUGCUCGUUCAUUUUCAUUUGUAAUAGAUUUAGCAUGUUUAGCAUCACGAAGAGAAUAUUUAAAAUUAGAAAAAUGGGUUAAUGAUAAAUUAAGGGAACAUGGUGAACCAUUUGUUCAAGCUUUAAUAAAAUUUUUGCAACGACGGUGUCCACAAUUAGCUGGCGGAAAAAUUCCAGAUGAUCAAAUGCCGAAAGUUGCCCAACUACCUCAAGAAAGUAUUUCGGUAAUAUUAACAUGUUUACAAAAUUGUGUUACAACAGUAAGUGUUGAAUUAGCUGAUAUUAUAUUACAAAUGACAAAUAGCUGUAAUGUGAUUGCAAAUAAAGUACGCCAACCUAUUGUACCGCCAAUGCAACAACAACCUGUUGUGCCACCAGUACAGGGUCCACCUCCUCCUGGCGUAUUACGUCAACACAGAGGAAUAGAUCCUUCACCGUUUAGUGCCAAUCUUAAUGCAGCACAACAAAUGUUUGGUGUAGCUGGUGCAGGUGGACCUUCACCUUUAGAUGCUUUAACUGGACUAAAUAAUUCGAUGGCUGGACUUAAUUUGGGUGGCGGGCCAAAUGGUGGACAAUUUAAUUUUGGAAAUGUACUUGGAAAUUUAGUCUCAACUCCAGGAUCCCCAUCAAGAUUAUUAUCAGCACCUCCGCCUUCUAGUAGUCCAUUCCCAAUGAUGACCAUGCCAAAUCCUCCACCAAAUGUAAAUAAUUUGGGUAGAAUUCAACCUACACCACCAACAGCGGAUAAAAUGCAUUUGCCGUCCACACCUUCUGUAAUACCCGAUUUGGCACAAACUGUUUCAAAAGAGGUUGAAGAUGAAGCAAAUAGUUAUUUCCAAAGAAUUUAUAAUCAUCCUCCUCAUCCAACAUUAUCAAUUGAUGACGUGUUAGACAUGUUACAGCGUUUCAAAGACUCAACAAUUAGACGUGAACAAGAGGUUUAUCAGUGCAUGUUAAGGAAUUUAUUUGAAGAAUAUCGUUUCUUUCCACAAUAUCCUGAUAAAGAAUUACAGAUCACUGCGCAACUAUUUGGUGGCAUAAUUGAAAGAAAUUUAGUACCUACAUUUGUUGCUUUAGGAUUAGCUUUACGUUGUGUGCUAGAUGCUCUUAGAAAGCCUGAAGGAUCCAAAAUGUACUACUUUGGCAUUACAGCAUUGGAUCGUUUCAAAAGCCGCCUUCAUCAAUACAACAAGUACUGUGAAUAUGUUCGGUCAAUUCCACAUUUUCAAGACUUUCCACCACAUUUAAUUCAAUAUGUUGAGUAUGGAUUUCAAAGUCUUGAACCUCCUACAAAACCUCAAGGACCGGUUUUGCCGCCAUCCAUGGCUCAUAUCCUUCCAGGCGCAACCGGUAUAGCUUCAACUGGUACAACGGGACCAGGACCAGUUCCUGAAUCAUUAUACCGAAGCAGUAGUGUUACUGGAAACAUAAUAACAACCCCUACACAACAACCUAAAUCAGUUAUAGCAAGUCAGCCAUUGCAUGCAUCACGUGUAAAAUCAAUCGCUACUGCAACAAAUAUAGACACAUUAUUGUCAGCAAAUCAAGAACGGGAAGAAAAAAUUACAAUUCCACCAGACAACAUUCAAGAUAAAACUGCAUUCAUAUUUAAUAAUUUAAGUCAACUUAAUUUGCAACAAAAAUGUGAUGAAAUCAAAGAAAUAAUGACUAAAGAGUAUUGGGCUUGGCUCUCUCAAUAUAUGGUUCUUAAAAGAGCUUCCAUUGAAUUAAACUUUCACAACUUGUAUUCGAAUUUUCUAGAUGCUUUAAAGAAUAAUGAAAUUUUACGCUUGGUGACUAGAGAGACUUUUCGCAAUAUCCGUGUUUUACUCCGCUCAGAUAAAGGAAUUGCUAAUUUUUCAGAUCGUAGCUUAUUGAAAAAUCUGGGUCAUUGGCUUGGAAUGCUUACUUUAGGACGUAGUAGACCAAUUUUAAUGCUAGAUUUAGACUUGAAGUCGCUUUUAGUAGAAGCGUAUCAUAAAGGGCAACAAGAACUCUUAUAUGUUGUACCGUUUGUUGCUAAGGUUUUGGAAUCAUGUUCAAAAAGCAAAGUAUUUAAACCACCAAAUCCUUGGACAAUGGCAAUUAUGAAUGUUUUAGCUGAAUUGCAUACUGAACAAGAUUUGAAAUUGAAUUUGAAAUUCGAAAUUGAAGUAUUAUGCAAAACACUUAAUAUUGAUAUUUCAGAACUUAAACCAAUUAUAUAUUUGAAAGAUGCUGAAAGAAUUCUUAACAUUGAAUUUCAAUUAUCGCAGCCUAAACCAAAAGAAAUACCAGCACAACCUAAACCUCCUGUACCGCAACAGCCUUCAACACCUCAAAUUCCACAGCAAGAAGACCAUCAAAAUAUUGCAAACCCUUCACCAAGUGGUGUAAAUAAUGACACCGGUAAUAUGGGGCAAGUACCUAUUACUCCACCUGAACCACGUUUUAGUUACUUAGAUAUAAAUGUUACGAAUGUUGCAUCAAUUCAACAACACAUUAUUUUAUCACAAGCGAUUGGAAUUUUGCAUACAAAUCCAGCAUUGAAAGCUGUAGCUCUGUCUGCAAUUGAAAAGACAAUUUCCGAUUGGUUGCCACCAGUAGUUGAACGUAGUGUCCGUAUCGCUGUUGCAACUUCAGAACAAAUAGUUCGAAAAGAUUUUGCUUUAGAUCCAGAUGAUCAAAAAAUGCGAGUUGCCGCUCAUUUUAUGGUACGGAACUUAGCUGCUGGUAUGGCAAUGAUCACAUGUCGAGAUCAGUUAUCGGCAACAAUAGUGGCUAAUAUAAAGAAAGCUUUUCAAACCUUAAUUAAUUCACCUCAACAAAUACAAGAAAUUGAUAAUGCUGCUCAACAAAUUGCUGCAGACAAUGUAGAUCUUGUAUGUGCUUUUAUACAGAAAACGGCUAGCGAAAAAUCAAUUCCUGAGAGUGAUAGAAGGUUAGCCCAAGACUUUGAUUUAAGGAAGCUUGCAAGAGAGGAAGGAAGACGAUAUUGCGAUCCAGAAGCUGCAGCUUAUCAAAAUGAUAGAAUGCCUGAACAAGUUAGACUUAGUGUAAGCGGGAUACCAAGUACACAAUUCGCUGUAUAUGAAGAAUUCGCUCGCAAUAUUCCUGGUUUUCAAUUAAUGGCCGAACGAGAAAUGUCAAUGCUCAUGCCAAAAGCCGCAAUACCGGAGACUUUCACUGCCACUGAUGAAUAUGCAAUUAUGUACGCCGAAGUAGCCGCAAAAAUGGAAGCCUUUUUGAAUGCUGCGGUUAAUGUUCCAACAUUACAAUUGCAAGCAACCAAAAUUAAUGCUGUAUUGAAUGCUUGCCUGCUUGUAAGACGAAAUCGUGAACAAGAACAUUGCUUAAGUUUAUUAACUCGUGCCGUAGAAGCUCUUAUUGAAGGUUUGGUAAAUAUUCCGGACCAAGUCGAACAAAUGAAAUUAUAUAGAGAUAUUAAUUUACGUAUAUUGAACAUUUUACAUCAUCAAUUUGGGGCACCUGCUAUUGAGCAUACAGUAACUAAUUGCGUUUUUGAAAUUAGAGAAGAAUUAAGAUACAACGUUGAAGCAAUAAAACUUUUGAUAAAUUCUCAUUUUAUUAAUGUUUCACAAUUUGAUCAAAUGUUGUGUCAAAAAAUGGAUAAUGGAGCAAAUUAUUUAGCUGUUACAUUCGCAAUGCAACUGGUUCAACAUUAUUUAGUAGAUGAACGUUCAAGUGGAAAUGUUAAUGAAUCAGAGUUCUGCAACUCAAUCGAUUUGUUAGCAAGAUUAGGCGCUCAUCAUCGUGGCCCAGAAGGUUUAGCACAUUUGAUUGAAUUAUUAAGAAUUAAUCAUGACCCUAACUCAUUUUUAAUUGAACGUAAUAUUGCAACACCUUCGCAAUAUAUUCAAUCUGGAAUAUUGCAUGUUCGUUCAAAUGAUUGUGAUGAUCCACCAGGACUUCAAGAGAAGACUGAAAUUUUACUUAAAGAUUGGGUACAAAUUCAUUUAAGUCAACAACAUGGUCGUGACACUGUAAAAACAUUCAGUACAUUUGUUAAUAAAAUGAAUUUGUACGGAAUCUUGAAGACUGAUGAUUUAAUUACUCGGUUUUUCCGGCAAGCAACCCAAUUUUGUAUCGACUAUGUAUAUCGUUUAAUUAACGAUCCAUCAACAAAUGCAGUUGUUACAAAAGCAAAAAUUUUUCAAUUUAUUGACGCUUUUGUGCGUUUAAUUGCAUUAUUAGUUCGUCAUAGUGGAGACCAGAAUAAUCCUAGUACUAAAAUAAAUUUACUUAACAAAGUUUUAGGAAUCGUAUUAGGUGUAUUGUUGCAAGAUCAAGAAAUGCAUGGAACAGCUUUUCAACAAGUUGGUUAUCAUCGAUUCUUUAUUAUGCUAUUUUUGGAAUUAAGCUCAUCAGAUUUAGAACAUUUGAUGCAUAAUAUUGUAAUAGCAUUUUGUCAUACUUAUCAUUUAUUAAAUCCUGCAAUGGCACCCGGUUUUUGUUAUUCUUGGUUAGAAUUAAUAUCACAUCGCGUAUUUAUCGGAAGAAUAUUGGCACAAAUACCACAACAAAAAGGUUGGCCAUUAUAUUCACAACUUUUAUUGGAUUUAUUCAAAUAUUUAGCUCCAUUUUUACGAAAUGCUGAAUUAGCAAAACCAGUUCAACUAUUAUAUAAAGGAACAUUAAGAGUUUUACUGGUAUUAUUACAUGAUUUUCCGGAAUUUUUAUGCGAUUAUCAUUUUGGUUUUUGUGAUGUAAUACCACCAAAUUGCAUUCAAAUGAGAAAUAUAAUAUUAGCAGCAUUUCCACGUAAUAUGAGAUUACCAGAUCCAUUUACACCAAAUUUAAAAGUUGAUAUGUUACAAGAAACAGCAACAGCGCCAAGAAUUUAUACAAAUUAUAUUAUUAAUAUACAACCACUUGGAUUUAAAAAAGAUUUAGAUUCAUAUUUAAAAGCACGUGCUCCAGUAACAUUCUUAUCUGAAUUAAGAAGUCAUUUACAAAUUUCUAAUGAACCUGGAUCACGUUAUAAUAUAUCAUUAAUGAAUGCAUUAGUUCUUUAUGUUGGAAAUCAAGCUAUUGCACAUAUUAGAAAUAAAAAUUCAGUACCGAAUACAUCAACAAUUGUUCAUAGUGCACAUAUGGACAUAUUCCAGAAUUUAGCUGUAGAUUUAGAUAAUGAAGGAAGAUAUCUAUUUCUUAAUGCUAUUGCUAAUCAAUUACGUUACCCAAAUAGUCAUACACAUUAUUUCAGUUGUGUUUUAUUAUAUUUAUUUGCUGAAGCAAAUUCUGAAGCGAUUCAAGAACAAAUAACACGUGUUCUUUUGGAAAGAUUAAUUGUUAAUCGACCACAUCCAUGGGGAUUAUUAAUUACAUUUAUUGAAUUAAUAAAGAAUCGUGUUUAUAAAUUUUGGGAUCAUGAUUUUGUACAUUGUGCCCCUGAAAUAGAAAAAUUAUUUGAAUCUGUUGCACGCUCUUGUAUGGUAAAAGCAAAUCAUCAACAACAAAUCAUUACCAAUGUUGAACCUGAACUUCAAGAGUGUAAUUAAAGAAAUAUGAACACACAACACAACAAACACCACUCAUUGAAAACGUAAAAUAAUAAAAAAAAAAAUCAAAUUUUAGUGUAAUAGAAGAAUUAAUAUUAUAGUUUCCAAUUAAAAAAAAAAAACUAAAUAAAAAAAGUUUACGGAUAUUAAAAAAUUAUUAAGUUUCUUCUCUCAUAUUUUAAAUUGUAAAAAAAUAAAAUCAAAUUACUACAAAAAAUCAAUUGAAAUCAAAAUAAAAAAAAAAUCAUUAUUGUUUUCACAAAAAAAAAAAAACAAAAAAUUUUUGUGGGAACAAUUUGUGUUUUUUUUUUUUUUUGUUUUUAAAAAAAUAUUUGGAAAAAAAAAUUUGAAACUAAAAAUGUGGAACAAACAAAACAAAAACUAAAAUUAAAAUACCAUUAAGGAAAAUACAAAAAAAAAAAGAAAAAAAUCAAAUUAAAACAAAAUCGAAAAAAAGAGCAAAAAUAAAUAAAAAAAAAAACCUUAAAAAUAUAAAAAGAAAAAAAUUGAAAAAUAAUGUAAAAAGUCUUAAAAAAUUUAACAAAAUAAAAAAUUAAAAAAAAAAUGUGUAUACAAAUUAAAAAAAAAAAAAAUUAAUUUAGUGGAAUUCUGGUAACUUUUAAUUUUCUUAUUUUCAUAAUUUUUUUUUUUUUGUAAAUUUUGUGAUUAAAACAAAAAAAAAAACAAUACAGGCUUUUCUUAAUUAUUUCAAAAAAUAUGAAAUAAAAAUUUUAUGGCAAAUAAUUCAUAAAUGUUUUUGUCCAUGUUUUUCCUUUUUUGUUUUUUUAAAACAUUCAAUUAAAUAAUUAAAAAAUUUUUUAAAAUUUCACAUAAAUAUUUUCUGUUUUUCAUUUUCACUUUAUAUAAAAUCUUAAAAAUUUAAGCUUUUUUACUUUUUUAUAUAAAUAAGUAAUAAAUAUUGUAAUAAUUUGUUCUCUUUUUUUUUUUAAUUUUUUAUUUAAUUUUAUAUUUAUCUAUUUUUAUAUAUCUAUUUGUAAAUAAGGUUAUAACAAUUAUGUACUCAAUUGAUUCUAGAAAAUAUAAAAACUUACAAGGAAUAUAUAUAUAUGUAUGUAUAUAUACAUAUGUUUAU